GACAGCUGUGGUGUAACAUCACACAUCGAUUUGGCGACCCUUCGUGAUUAACAAAUUUUUGUUCAACUGUACAUUGCAUUGGAAUUUCAUAGAACAUUUUUCAAAAAGAAAAAUUCUUGAAAUAUAAAAGAAAAAUAGUUUUUUAAAAUUAAAUGAGAACGUCAAAAUAGUGAUGAAAAAAAGUGUUUUAAAUGUUGCUGCAGUGCUAUAAAUUUACUGGUUCGUUAUGCGGUGUUUCUGACAACAGCCCUUGUCAACCCCUAUUUCCUGAAUUUCACAUUGAAGAGGAAUCAUUGCCGUUGACAUAGAUAUAUAAAAAUUAAGAUUGAUGGUGUUGCAGCAGCGACCGUGUCACGAAGAGGACAAUGUACUGUACAUGAUACGCCGUGGUUGAAAUUUGCCAAAGCGCAAGUCGGUGUUGAUACCGUCAUCCCUGUUUUCACCCUCUUCCCUCAUCAUCCUUUUCUUCCUCAUCAGUCUCUCAUUUAGUUUUUCAUCCCCCGUCUCUCCCUCUUUCUCUCUCUCUCUCGUUAUCACUUUAUGUGCUCAGUGCGUAUAUUCAAGAUUCCGGUUGAUCCGUAGGCGGCGUGCGCUUCAUCGCAUGCGCUCAACGACUAAGGUACAUCGGCUAUCAGCAGCGUCAGUGUGACCAUCACCAUCCGCAAGUUACGACGGUUGCACUUGCGAGUUCGUGAGACCUCGCGUGUGCUACACAAGACUGCCUGUCAACCUGGAUACGUUAAGAAAUGUUGAACGAUCGAUCGCACGACGACCGGUCAAAAUGAACAUGUGCUGGACGAUGAUUGUCUUCUCAACUAUAUUUAAGGACAAGAAGAAUCAUCAUCCAAUGCAAGAAAAGUGAAAUUUAGUGUUAUACCAUACCCCUGUGCUGUCGGGAUUUAUUUCCGCGGUGUUUGGGUUUGUGUGAGUGUGUGUUUUUUGUGAGCGUGCGUGAAUAGUGUACGUGCAUUGUGUUCAGUUAUAUAUAUAUAUAUCUCAAAAAGAAAAAAGAAAAGGAAAUUUUUUUAUUAUUUUAUCCACACUGCGCGAGAUACACGUGAUUCACCGUAAUGAGGAAUUUGGCACUACAUAUCCAGCUACUAUUUGCUUCCAGUUGGAGCGUUGGGCUGUUCAGCGUCGUUUUCGCUGCCUGGCAAGAAAACGUCAGGCCCAAGAUGUACGUCCAACUCGGUGCAGAAGAUGUAUUCAGGUUCACAGGAAACGAGACACAUACAGAUUACUUCCGACUGGUACUGAGAGAUGAAAAUUAUCUUCUAGUCGGUGGAAGAAAUCUGGUACAUAAUUUGAGCUUGACAGACCUCACGGAACAACAAAGAUUGACGUGGUACUCAAAGGAGGAGGACAUAAAAAUGUGUGUGAUGAAGGGUAGCGAUGAGGAGAAAUGCCAAAAUUAUGUUCGCAUUUUAGCGAAAACAGGGAAUAAUAAUUUAUUGGUUUGUGCAACGAAUGCCUUUAAACCAAUGUGUCGUGAUUAUAUUGUUCAAGCUGGUAAUUAUUCUGUGGAAAAUGAGAAACCUGCUCAAGCACGAUGCCCCUACGAUCCACAGCAUAACAGUACUUUUGUUUACGUGAAUGGCGAACUUUACACGGGUACUGUUGCCGAUUUUUCGGGAAUGGAUCCAAUUAUUUACAGAGAGCCCCUUCAAACUGAACAAUAUGAUUCUAUGAGUCUCAAUGCACCAAAUUUUGUCAGUUCUAUGACCCAAGGGGACUUUGUAUAUUUCUUCUUCAGAGAAACUGCUGUUGAGUACAUCAAUUGUGGAAAAGCGGUGUACUCUCGCGUUGCAAGAGUUUGCAAACAUGAUCGAGGGGGACCUCAUCGUUUUCGUAAUAGAUGGACAAGUUUUUUAAAAUCCCGCCUGAAUUGUUCAGUAACAGGCGAUUUUCCAUUUUAUUUUAAUGAAAUACAGUCGACAACAGAACUGAUAUCUGGUCAAUAUGGCAGUACAUCAGCACAAUUAAUAUACGGCGCAUUCACAACUCCUGUUAAUAGUAUAAGUGGAUCUGCCGUUUGUGCUUUCUCGUUGCAAGAUAUUGCUGAUACCUUCGAAGGUAAUUUUAAAGAGCAAAGUGCUCUUAAUUCAAAUUGGCUGCCUGUUCAGGGCUCUAAAGUUCCAGAUCCAAGGCCAGGACAAUGUGUCAAUGACUCUCGCACGUUACCUGAUUUAACUUUAAAUUUUAUAAAAAGUCAUUCGCUCAUGGAUGAAUCUGUUCCAAGUUUCUUUGGACAGCCCAUCGUCAUUCGAACAAAUUUCCAUUAUAGAUUCACACAAAUCACAGUUGAUCCACAAGUAAAAACACCGGGUGGUAAAACUUAUGAUGUUUUAUUUAUUGGCACUGAUAAUGGAAAAGUGAUAAAAGCAAUAAAUGCCGAAUCAGCUGAUUCACAUCAAAAAGUUAGUCCAGUUGUUAUUGAAGAGAUACAAGCAUUUCCAACGACAAUUCCAGUGCGUGGAAUAAAAGUUGUACGCGCCUCACAGGCUGGCGAUGGUUUAGAGGACGGUCGUCUUGUUGUUAUUUCCGAUAGUCAAGUACAAGCAUUGAGAUUACAUCGAUGUUACAGUGAUAGAAUUCUUUCUUGUGGUGAAUGUGUUGCACUACAAGAUCCCUAUUGUGCAUGGGAUAAAGUUGAGGGUAAAUGUCGUGCACUAGUUGGACCAGCAGCAACUGAUGCCACGAGAUUUUUGCAAAGUGUCGCAACUGGCAUACAUAAAUAUUGUCCGCCAAGUAAAACUGUAAAUAAAGAUGCUGGCAGCUUUGGAGCGAUAUCUGCCAAUCAAAAUAAAUUUCCUCAAGAUUCUCUAGCGUCUAAUAAAGAUGGGCAAGGAGGUGAGAUUAUAAAUAUUAUGCAAGACGAAGAACAAAGCAGUUCAGGACCGGAAGUAUCAGCAGCGGAUUCUCCAACGCCACAAUAUUCUGUCGAAACUUUAGUAAUGGCAGUGGUUGCUGGUGCAUUGUCUGCCCUAUUCGUUGGCUUUGUUACGGGUUAUUUAUGUGGUCGAAAAUGUAGAAAGGAUGAAGAUGAUAAUUUACCGUAUCCAGACACUGAAUACGAAUAUUUUGAGCAACGCCAAAAUGUUAACAGUAGACUCGCACCCGAGCCAAAAUUACUGCCACAGGAAGAAGUGACGUACGCUGAGCCAGUAUUGGUGCCUCAACCACCAAAAUUACAUUCGCCAAAGGGUACAAUGCGAAAACCACCACCAACACCAGCGGAGACACUAUUUCAAUUUCCCGAAGGUUAUGGAUUUCGUGGUCCACGCGAUAAUUUUGGUACAUUACGCUCACAUCAAGGCGAUGCAUAUAGACGUAACGAUGGCUUUGCGACAACUCGUAGUGUAAAAAAAGUUUAUCUCUGAGAAACGAGCGAGGAGGGAGGUGGUCGUCAUCGAAGUUUAGGACGACCAACACGACAACGUCAUAACGCGACAACAAGUCGAUGUCGCGCCGUGACAUCAGGGGGACAAUCAACUGGUGAAUUAGCUGGACCGAGGGCAUUGGAAUCACCCUCACCGCCGUCAAGUGAUUCUUCCAGUUCCCCUUCGCCUCCCUCCUCGUCACCAUCGCCAACCCUUGUUCCAAUUGCAAUGAGUGGAUCAUCACCUCCACCUGUACCACCUUGCAGUUUUAUUUAUCGUUCUUAGUCCAGGUAGGGUAGAAAUUAAAUAUCACAAAAAUAAAUACAUUCUCCUUGCGCGAAUUUCAAAAAAAAAAAAAAAAAAAAAAAAAAAAAAAAAGAAAA